AUGGUUCUAGAAGAGGCAACCUCACGAGCUAUUAUUUCUGCUUCCUCUCGUUUCGAGUCAAGUAGUCAUGAGUGUCUAGCGUUUGGGGAGAUUGAGCAUAUGGCGGACGACCGUAUAGCAUGUCAAACAAUUCCAAUAAUGGUAUUCUCAACAGGGGGUCAAAGUUCGUCCCUUGCUCUACGCCCAUGCGACUUCAGCCGUAACACCCUAUUCCCAAUUGCCGCAUCCAACAUUGAUGACGACCAGUCUGUUUGGUGGAACGUGCCCGGUGGCCCUGUGAAGCAGGUACUAUCUUCAGAAUCGAUCCAAGAGCCAAACAAAUGCUUUGCAGCCAGGCUCUCCUAUUCCACUACAAUAUUUAGCCCGAUUUACCACCGUAAUCCGGUCCCGGUGAACUUAAACGAUAAUAGUUACGCGGAGUCAUGUCUAUUGUCACAUAUAGACCCAAAUCCCCUUGUCAAUAUACCAUGCGACCUGACAGGUGGCUAUCCCCACGCUGCUGUAACUUUCAACCCUUGGUAUCAGCGGCAAAUCGCCGUGAUUGACCGUGCAGGAAAUUGGAGCGUUUGGGAUUUGCAACGCAGACAGCAGCGAAAAGCUGGCUGGUAUGCUGAACGUGGACCAAACGGCUCCAUACGACUCCCUGAAUUUGAGAAAAGUUCUAAGCCAAUUGAUCACUAUGACGGUUGGGGUGCAAUAUUAUGGGUCUGCACCAUCCACCAGUUGUUAGUUUGUGAUAGACGCAACGUUUAUAUCUGUCGUAUGGAUGUGCGUCCACCAGAACAGGAGGAGCUUAGUCUUGGCCUCGAGCUUCAUUCCGAGUGGAUUCUUGAUGUCCUACGAAGCCCAAAAACACCUUCCCACGUAUUUAUCCUCACAACGCUGAGAAUUAUUUGGGUAUAUGUUCCGCUUCCUGACGACUCUUAUCUUAGCCAAAGCGACAAUUCUCGCACUGCAUCUAUUCUGCUUUCUUGGAGACAUUUCCGAGACCCAGAAGAUAUAAGUCUCCGGUUAACCCCGAUAUCCGUGGAAACAGGUAAAUAUGCCUUAAAGCGUUCUGUGGACUUCAUCACACUAAUUUUGAUUAGACCUUUUCAUAAUGCUACAUUCCCGUCUGAAUCUGCUUGCUACGACUGUCCAGGUACUUUCAUCUGA